UACACUUAAUGGGACCCACCAAGAAACACGUUUCAGGAAAUGUUGCAUCUCACUCUCGAUCUUCUUCCUAACAGCUUUCAUCAUCUUCUUCUUCUUCUUUCGUGAUAAACCGCGAUUUUCCGUUCUGUACGCGCAAAUCUUCCUUCAUAAACCGCGUUUCAUCAAUCACGCGCUAAUUUUGGCUCUGAGGUCAUUUUUUAUCCUCACAUCUCACUCCCUGAAACCAUGGCGCAUUGGAUCUCCUCCAAACUCAAAGCCGCUGAGAACAUUCUCCAUCAGAUCGAUCAGCAAGCGGCGGAAUCGCUUCGGAAGAACAACGAGAGGCUUCGAUCUGAGGAACAAGCCAGUAUUGAUGCUCCUACAAAAUCAGGUACUGGCGUGCCUCUGAAGGAUCAAUUGAAGAAGAAACUCCCCGAGAAUAAUGAUUAUAAUGGAAAACUUCGUAGUGAUCCUAAUUUCAGCGUUCUUAAAACUACAACACCAACUGCACCCAAACAUUCCCCCAAAUCUAGCCCUACAAUCACAGACGGUGAUUGGACUGAACUUCUUAGUUCACCUACUCAGCCUACUGCUUCUUCCUCUGCGGGAAAUCACGGUGUACCUGCAGCUCGUGUUUUAAAGCAAAAUAGUAGGAAGCAGAAGAGUUUGUCUGUGUCUGAUAUUAAGAAGAAUCAGAAAAGUGGUAACACUAGUUCAAAGUCUUUGCAGAGGUUAGACUCUGUCAAAGGAACUAAAUUGAGUGGAAAAACAAGUGAUGAUGGGAAGGAAUCUACCUCUUCAGGUUCGACUGAUAGGCAGUCAAAUGUAGAAUUAGAAACUGAUGGUAAAUGGACCAGAGGACGGGGAUAUGUUAGUAAUAGCAGUUCUGAUAAGCCUGUGGUUGAGACCAACGAUAAGGAAAAUAAAGAUCGUGAUCGCCAAUUUAGUUAUAAGGACUUCUCUUUGCCAGAAUCUGUGCAGGAAGUCGACAAUUUUUUUGCUGCAGAGGCAAUACCAGUGAGUGAGGUUGAUAAAGUGCUUGCAGCUAAGGUUCCAGUAGAUGUUGAUAGUAAACUGAGAAGUGAGAUAAAAGGGAGGCGUGAGCUUAAUUCAGUGCCUGGAAAGUCAACAUCCAAUGAUUUGAAAAGGGGUUCUUCUAUGGAAAGUGAUGGAAGUUCUGAUUCAGAAACAGAGUCUGGUUCAACAUCUGAUUCUGAAAGUGAACAUGAGAGGGAGGAAAGAAGAAAAAAGAGAGAAAGGAUCUUAGCUGAGAGAGCAGCAGCUAAAGCAAUGAAUGCUAUCAAAGAAAAGGAGAAUAUGGUGGCCAAAUUAGAGGGGGAGAAACAAAGUCUAGAGAAAAUACUUGAGGAGCGAGCUAAACAACAAGCGCAAGAGGCUUCACAGCUUCAGAGCACUAUGAUGGAAACAAUGGAAGCUGUUGAGUUAGAAAAGCAAAAACAUAAUAAUACUAGAAUGGAAAUUCUUACGCGUUUAGCUAAACUGGAGACUGCCAAUGCUGAUCUUGCAAGAUCCCUCGCAGCUGUACAGUGGAACCUUGAAGUAGAGGUCAAAGAAGUAGCAAAACUCAGACAAAAAAUUGCAUCAAAAGAGUCUGUUCAUGAAGAGCUCAGAAGGAGCAUAAGGAAUCCUCAUCAAACUGAAGCUUCACGAAAUCAACUAGCUUCAAAAGGAGUUGAGUUUGAACGAGAAAUUCUUGAGGCAGAGCACUCUUUUAUUAACGAUAAAGUUGCACAAUUGCAGGAAAAGGCAAGGAAAAUGGAAGCUGACAUUGAAAUGACAAGGAAGGAGAUAGAAGAGCCAACAGAAGUUGAAGUUGAGCUCAAGCGAAGGCUUCAUCAAAUGACUGAUCAUUUAAUACAGAAACAAGCAAAGGUUGAAUCUCUCUCUUCUGAAAAGGCAAGCCUUAUAUUUCGAAUUGAGGCAGUGUCAAGGUUGCUGGAUGAGAACAUGUCAGUGUCAGGUUCAACUGCUAUGAUUGCCACCUCAUCUUCAAGCGAAUUGGAAUCUGGAUUAUGGGAGCUCUCUAAUUCAAAAUUGAAGCCUAUGUUGAAAGCCAGAAUUCACUCUGGCAAGAGACAGCUGGGGUCAUUGCUUCACCAAUUAGAUUAUAUUUUCGUGGCUGGUGCACUUGUUUUGAAAAGAAACUCAACGGCAAAAUUGUGGGCUUUGAUUUACCUUGUUUGCCUUCAUUUGUGGGUGAUUUAUAUUCUGAUGUCACAUUCUGGCCCAUCAGAUGAGGGUAAAUCUGGGGCUGUGAUCUCAUUGGAGAACAUAAAUAACACUGGAAAAGUAUGAUUGUGUUGUGAUGUGUUAUAGCUUUAUUAUUUUCCUUGGCUUUUAAGUUGUCUUCAGUACAUUGGAUAUUAUUUGUUACUCUGGAGUACAUAAAGCACUCACAGUGGAUACGUAGAAAUGUUACAAGGUACUUAAUCAUAACCAGAAAAAUAUAAUAACGAUGAAGGAAAAUACAGGAUUGUGUACCUUCCUAUCUCGACGAAUUCAAUCUCCUUGACUUUGUGGAGCUUAACUCGCGAACAAGGGACUCUGUCAGAGAGGAGCGAUGCCCUGCUAUAUUUUUAUUGAAGAAGGGGUGAUUUGGGUUUGAAUCUUGAAUGCUGGUCAAAUGGUAAGAAGCGUUCAUUGGUACUCUUAAGUAUUUGGUAUGUACACUGUACAGUGUAGCUAGCAACAGAUGCAAGCACAAUGUGAUCCUUUAGUCAGUGGCUUGGAGGGACGUAGUUGUGAUGUGAGUGCACUGUUUUUACCAUAGCAUUAAUAAUCAAAAGAUGCAGCAUGCAGUUUCGUGAUUAUUAUCUUUUGAAUUUGUAAAGAAAAAACAAUUAACUUUUGGUAUCGCAUACAAUUAUUAAUAUAUUCAUUCAUUUUUGUAA